UCGAGUGGAGCCGGUUAUUCUUUCAUUUGUAUUUGUGCGAAAAUGGCGGGUGUCAGAGAUCCUGGGCUGCUGGCUCUUGUUCACGAUUUUGUAUCAAAACAAGACCAACAUUUAGGACAAAUAUUUCAGAAGAAAACAAAAGCUCCUGCCUUGCCAAAGGGGUCACCUUCAUUAGUAGACGUUUUUCAACACUUCCAGAGUACCUCAAAGAAAAAAUUGAAUUUAAAGGCAGGCCCUGGCACCCAGAAAUCGGAGUCUGAUUCUUCUUCAGAAUCUGAAGAUGAGCAGCCUGUUCAAAAAGUGCCACAAAUUAAUGGCAAGGGACCACAGAAGUCACCUGCUCCAGCAUUGGGACAGAAAAAAAUGGUUGUAGUUGAAAGUAAAAGGAAACAAAGUAGUAGCGAGGAAAGCAGUGAUGAUGAACCUCAGAAAGCUGUUGUAAAACCAACACCUGCUACUCCUAAAAGUGUUCAAAAGCCUUUGCAGAAGCCUGUGGCUAAAAAGCCUUCAAGUAGUGAAGAUAGCGAUUCAGACUCUCCUCCUGCACCGGCAAAACCACAAGCUAACAACAAAGCUAUUGUAAAACCAGUGCCCCAGGCUAAGAAACCUCCUUCUAGCAGUGAAGAAAGCAGCGAUGAAGAAGAGGCCAAACCUACUCCAAAGGCUCUUGUAAAACCGAUGCCAACGAAAAUUGUUGAGCAGAAAAAGGAGAGUAGUGAUGAGGAUAGUGAUUCUGAGGAAGAAGCUAAACCUGCUCCCAAAAAACAAAAAACCAAGAAUGUUCCACAGAAACCAGCAAGUGCAGUGAAACAACCGCAGAAGAAGAAAGACAGUAGCAGUGAGGAGAGCAGUGAAGAAGAAACACCUGCAUUGCCAAAUAAAACUCUUGCAAAAGUACCAUCAAAGGCAUCCGCAGCAGCAACAAAACCUACAAUGAAAAAGGCUUCAGAUUCCAGUGACAGUGAGUCAGAAAAUGAACCUCCAAAAGCUGUGAGCACAAAACCAACACCGUCUAAAGCUCUUAAACCAGUAGCUCAGAAAAAAGAGAGCAGCGAGGAUUCUAGCAGUGAAGAUGAAGCCCCAGUGAAGACUCAGCCCAAACAGCCUCAAACUGCAACACCCAAAGUGAAGAAGCCAAAUGCUCCAGUCAAACAAGCUAGUAGCUCUGAUGACUCUGACUCAGACGAACCCCCUAAGGCUGCUCCAGUCAAGAAGCCUGCUAAACCAGCACCUGCCAAGAAAGCUUCAAGUUCUGAAGAAGACUCUAGUGAUGAAGAGGAAACUCCUACGACCAAACUUCCUCCCAAACCCGGCCAGAACAAAGGGAAGCCGCAAGCAGCUGCUAAACCAACACCCAAACCAACUCAAGACUCUCCUGACAGUGAUGACAGUUCUGAUGAUGAACCACCCGCUAAAAAACCAGCAACUACUCCUCAAAUCACGAAGACACCUGUAAAACCUGCAAAAAAGACGAAACCCAGUUCAGAGGAUUCAGAUUCUGAUGAUGAUGAUGAAACACCAGCCCCUAAAACUACUGCAGUAAAGAAAGCCGAUAGUUCUUCAGGAGAAUCUUCUGAUGAAGAGAAGCCUGUAUCUAAACCUGUGAAAAGGAAAAGGGAAGAUGAUGUAGAGGAAUCUCCUCAAAAGAAAAAACCUGAUGGAAGAAACAAGUACAGCAAUUUUGUAAAGGGGAAGAGUGAUGAUGGGAAUGAAAACGAAAAUGAAGAAGAAGAUCAAGGCAACAGGAGUGGCUUCGGCGGGCGUGGCGGCAGGGGAGGUGGUUUUAGGGGUAGAGGUGGUGAUGGCGGGUUCAGAGGACGAGGAGGUAGGGGUGGAUUUGACAGGGGACGAGGAGGGAACCGUGGCGGUUUCAGGAAAAGCUGGGGAGACAAGAGAGAAGGGGAUGGUGGAGGAUUUAGGAAAAGUUGGGGAGACAAACAAGAUGGAGAGGGAGGUGGAUUUAGGAAAAGUUGGGGUGACAAACAAGGUGAGGAAGGGGGAGAAGAAGGAGGAUUCAGAAAAAGUUGGGGAGGUGGUGACAGGGGGGGAAGAGGAGGGCGAGGAGGAAACUGGGGAGGAAGAGGCCGAGGUGGUGAUAGGGGUGGCAGGGGCCGUGGUGGAUGGGGUGGAAACAGAGGGGGAGGAGGUGGAUUUAACAAGAGGGAGUCUUUUGGAAACAGCAGUGAAGGGCAGCAAAAUAAGAAGAUCACAUUUGACUAAGAACAUUGGAAAGGUGCUAAAGGGUGCUGGGGUGAGAAGGCUGCUCAGGAUCUGAAGUUUACAAGAGGCAAGUCCUUCAGACAUGAAAAAACAAAGAAGAAAAGAGGAAGCUACCGGGGUGGCCAGAUCAACACUGGUGUAAAUAGUA